CAAACCAAGGCUGCCUAACAUUUGGAACCAAACGCUCGGUCGCGCAGGUUGUGUGUACUUUCGUCGCCAGUUGAGAGGAAAAAAGAUUUAAUUCUCUAGUGCAAGAAACGUAUAUAGGAAAAAUAAAUCUCCACACUUGUCCUACUCACGAUACCUGUACGACGGGUUGUUCGCUGUAAAGUCCGAGAUUCGUCAAUACAAAUCAAUCGACGGCGGGUUCAAAGCAGCAGUGGCUAGAUAUCUGUGGCGAUUGGUAUACGGUGCGGUUUGAAUAGCGAAGAAUUUCAGUUCAGUUUUGUAAUCGCUACAUCAACGAGAGUGACAACUUUGGCCAACGCUUACCGUUUUCUUUUCGGAGUUUAACACAUAUUGUUUGGCAAAGUUUGGUGCUUCGGAGAAGAUAAUUGAGGAGUGAAGAAAAUUGUAUUUUUGGAAACGAGUUUUUUGGAAAUCAAGAGUUGAAACGUAGCAAUAGUCGGAACGGGUUCCGUCUACAGAGUGAAGUGUGCAAUACAUUCUAAAUUUUAAGGAAGAUAAAUUUCGGUACGCCCAUUCUUGAGGGAAGCGAUAGCUGUCUAAGUCCAUACAAAAUGAACGGAUACGCAGACCUGACAACCAACCUGGAAAACAGCCGGAAUUGCCUGCGGCGGAUCGCCCGACACGAUGAUCAGGAAUUCUCGAACCAAAGCAUUCUGAACGCCAUGGAAAAGUUUGUCAAAACAGUCAAUGCCAUGGACGAAACAAUACUCGUGCCCUGUCGGUUAAUGGAUCGAAAGGUUGGCGAUUCGACAGACACAAUGCCCGUGGAACAGCAGCAGCAGAAGCAACAUUGCCACCACGGCAAAAGGACCGGCAAAGCAUCCGUUCGGGAUGUCCUGAAUACGUCAGACCUGUUCAAGCUCUACAACAUGCUGAACGUGGUCAAAGUAGAUCUGCUCUGGGGUCGGCAAGACGCCGAUGAAGGCGUAGAGUCUCCAGUGGGAUCCACAACAGAGACUUCCGACGUCCGGUAUAAGCAAAAGUCGGCUUCCCCAGCUCCGGAACAGCAGACACAGAACAUGAGCAGCGGCAGCAGUUCAGCGAGCGAAUCCGGAAGUAGUAUAAAGGGACACAUCCGCCGCCCUAGCACAGCGUCUAUGGCUUCGUCAAACAGCGGAAGCACUCUGAGCGAUUCCGAGAGUGAAAUCAGCGCCGAAAAUGACUCCGGUAUCGAAUCGGAGAGCAACGUUGACCAGGACAAGAGCACCGAGAUGGCGAAGCAGUUCCGAACCCAUCUGCUGGGACUGUACCGAUCGCUGGAACAAAUGACCGAAGCGGCCAACUACCUAACGGCCAGAUAUCAGAGCGACGUUGGACCGGUCUAAGGUGGUGCAGCUCCCGGUAAUUGUGGGUUAUGCACGCUAGAGAGAGAUAGAGACGGAAAAUGUUCCCCCGGUGAUAUAUAGAAACAAUGUGUCCCCGAGACUACACGAAACGUGUUCGCGCAGCGCGCGUGCGCUUUGGCAUAACGACGAAAACCAAAUCUCUGUAUAAAGUUAAAGACGGAAAAGGCAAAAUUCUGCAGACUAGGAGCUAUCGACAUCAACAACUAACAAUUCUAUGCAUGUGAAUGUAGAUUAAGGAGACUUAUAUUUUGUUCUUUUGUUUCCGCGUACGAAUCCAUCUAUUUUCUGUUUAGGUAGAUGAGUGAACGUUUGUGAGUGCCUGUGAUGAGUAAUCGAAGAGUGAGAGCCCUCGUGCGAUCGAAUGAGUAGAUGAACGUACUAAUUCCUAGGGAGUGCAAGUAGAUUCUCUAGGGCAUUUUCAGUCAAUGUAGAUCUGAGCCUGCGCAUAGGCGAGUUUCGGUUCGACUACGGUAACGGAAUUCAACUCAAACUGGUUCUGUUUAGGUGUAGGAAUAUAGAUGAGUGACCACCGGAAUGGUGAGGGUCACCCAGGUAAAUUGAAGUAGACUGAAUCCGCGCGAGACGAACACUCACACAUGCGCAGCCCGUUCUCACGCUUGCCUCAUUCGGUCGCACUUUUAGUUUAAAUUUUUCAUCUUGAUCGGUGCAGAAAUCAACGCAAGAUGAUAGAUGUAUUUAGUUUUAGACAACAAGAUGAAAAAACUGAUAAUGUGGGAUAGAAGAUUAUUUAUUGUAAAAUAAUUGAACUGUGUUGUAACAUUUUUCUCUGAUUUUUUGUUUGCUCGGUUUUCUCUUACAAGCGAGAGGGUAUGUGUGUUAGGGGAUAUAAAGUAAUUGAAACCGGAUAAAGCAAUCAGGUUCAGUAGGUUAGGCCGACUUUGAACGAGGCUGGUAUGUGGGAAGACAAAGAGAGAAAGAACGAGAGUGUGUUUCUUAUGAGAUUAUCAAAACGUUCAUACACUGGGAGUGAGAAUAAAAAGUCAGGAAGUGCCAGCAGAGAGCUUAGAUUUUAGCGAUAAAAUAGAAAGAUCAGUGAUACAGUUGAAGGAUGUUAUCUCGAAUGGGAGAAAAAAAAUGGAUCCGAAUGAAAGUAAGAUAUGCGUUUUCGAAAAUGUUUCUGAUUUGUAUAUAUUCGUUUCCUUAUCUAUAGUUUGUGUUAUUUUUUCUACGUGACUGGUAAUAAGGCAAAACCAAACGACUAGUUGGUCAAAAGUUGUUGCAAAUGCUUCAAUCUGAAGGUGGCUAGGUUUCAAUAUUUGUCUGUCAUUCUGCAGGUACGCUUUUAAGUUCAACUUAGUCAUUAAGGUGGCAGUAAGUAGAUUUGUUCGCCGACUAAGGAAAGGGGAUUGGUUUCGUGAAUGUUGGCGUUACGUAACUUGCAACGGUGGUGCUUGCCCAUCCAUCAUUAAGAAAAUGGCAUGAUGCGAAGCGGUUCGACAAAAAAUAUUGACUCUUCUCUUCAUGCUUGUGCGAAUGAUCGCAUCGUGCGAACAGUCGAACUUAAGAGUAAUUAUUUCUUGGAUUCAAAUGUUAGCAAAUUGAUUUAUUGAAAAACGUUCAAAACCACAUUUUUUACAGCAGUAUGCGAAUUACAAACGCCAAUAUUCACCACAUCAAUCAAAACCAGCCCGAACAGUUUCGCCCGCAAAAAAUAAAUUGAUUAUCCUUCUCGCUUUGUGAACAAUCGCACCACAAUCGAAGUCUCAUAUUAGUUGGCGUUUUCCCCUUUCCGGCCCUUCCCUCAUGCUCCACGUUGGAUUUUCCCAAUUAUGUAUCUUACGAUAUGAAAACUUCAGCGUAAAGUUUCCUAACUUUCUCCUUCAAAGCAUUUCUACUCCUGAUCGCUUUCGCGGAACAAACGACUGUUUGCUGAGUCUUUCAGCAGUUCUCAUUUUGCUCAAUUUUAGGAUUAAUUAUUAGCAGUUAUUUUUUGGCAUUAAGCAUUUUUAGGCUAAUUUUUCGUUUUUAGUUUCAAACUCUCUUCCGCGCAAACCCGAACGUAAAAAAACCUCCCAACUGAUAUGAGUGUUCGAUUUCGCUACAUCCCUCACGCUCCCAAAAACUUUGAAACCCCGAAUCUUCUCUUCUUCGAACGAGCAAGUCAAGAGAAUGAUUUUUCGAGCAACAAUCUAUCGCUUCCGGAACUUUGGUUAACGAGUUGGACUUCUUUACGAUUGGACACGAAAUCUACGAAGGAAAAUGAACGACGCUGGUUUUUAUUCGUUCGCUAUCCGCUUAGUUGAAAGGGAAAUUGCAAUAAGUGUUUUUACUAAAUAGAGUGCUAAAUUUGUUUGCGAGGUGAGAGGAUUCCGUAAACUUACUAAAAACGAUGCGAUUGAGAAUUUGCCGAAUAAGAAAGAAAGCGAUAGGAAUAUGAAAAAAAAAAAUAUCAAAUCAUGGCGGAACGGACAAGCAAGAGUGUUUCAUGCUUUCUUUAUAUUUUAGUACAGAUUCAUUCCGUUAACUUUAAUUCACUUAACAUAGGAAAAAAAAAGAAAGAAGCAAAGGCAGAUGCAGACAGAAAUACAUCUCUCACGGUUACAAGCCCGAUUUCAUACAGCAAAUCGAUAACUGUCGAUUAAUUCAAUUCAAACCAUAAUAAAAAUUAGGAAAACGUGGUAAAGUGAUUAAGCGUGCGAGCACGUGUGUGUGUCAGUAUAAAUGCACAAAGCCUAAUAGCCCGCGCACACGCAAAUACGUACGAUUGAUACGGAUGAUCACUGUUAGUUCGCAUCGGUCCGCAAACCAAUACUGACUGGAAGCUUGAAGAUUGAUUUCAAUUCAAUAGUAAAACAAAUAUAACAUCAACACAUACAUCCAUUCAACGAUAGGAAGAAAGUAAAAACACUAUUGAGAGAGACAAUGUACGAUGUAGAGAAAAUGUUAAAAAAAUGAAAUAUAUUUCAAUAAUAAAACAAAUAUUUGAAAAUUUAAA